UCUACUGUCAAUGUCAAAUUGUCGAACAAAACUUUUAGCUUGGCCAAAUAUUAUUCCUUUUUUGUGUUAAAUGUAACUAUUUUCACGUCCAUAAAAACCGAAACGCCUUUAUUUCGUUAAAAAUAUUUACUGUUUUGUUUUUACGAACUUUUAACUAAUUGGAAGGGCAUACUAAAAUGAGUGCAAUAUUUAAUUUCCAAAGUUUGUUGUCUGUUAUAUUACUCCUGAUAUGCACCUGUGCAUACUUAAGAUCUUUCUUCCCUAGUAUAAUGGACCGCAAUAAGACAGGAUUACUUGGAACAUUUUGGAAGUGUGCUAGGAUUGGUGAGAGGAAGUCGCCCUAUGUUGCAGUUUCUUGUAUUAUUAUGGCAUUCAGUAUAUUGUUCCUCACAUAAUUGUAUACCAAACCAAUAGCUGUAACAGUACAUGUAAAAGAUUAACUAAUAUUUUUUAAUUUGUAAAUAAAUUUAUACAAAUAAU